UUUGUUGUUCGACGUGUGUUAUCGCAGAGCGCGGGAUCGCGGUCGAGCUGCGGCGCGGGAAGCGAGUGCCUUUACACUCUGCGCGUGAAAACGGGGACCCUGGACUCUGCGGGCACGGACUCUGUGAUCGGCAUUACCUUGGCGGGAAAGGAUCGCGUCCGUUCCGAGAUCAAGAAUCUGGUGUCGUGGGGCGGGAUGAUGGGGAGCGGCCACGACUACUUCGAGAACGGCAAUAUCGACAGCUUCAGCGGGUGCGGAAAGUGCGUCACCACGUCGCCGCCCUGCUGGAUGAACCUGACGUCGGACGGGAGCGGGAACAAAGCCGGGUGGUACGUGGGCUCCGUGGAGCUGACGGCGGCCGGGCCCGAGUUCGGGUGCACCAAGCAGCGCUUCGACGUUUUCCAGUGGCUCGCCACCGACGAACCGCCCUACAAGCUCUACGUCGUCCGCGACAACUGCAGCGGCCGCGCCCGCGGCAACGGCGGCGUGGACGGCGAUGAGGACAAGUGAGCUCGAUCGAUCGGGGCGCCGGCAGGGCUUAGCUUGUCUACGUACUGCUGCAUGCGUACUCGAUUUACUACUGCUCUAUCACUUUGCUUUCUGCGCACCACCGGUCCACUCAUGUCUGUUGGCAUCUAUCUAGUCUAGUAAAAUAAAUGUGGACAAUAAAUAAGAUUACGGCUUGUUUGCUCUA